AUGAAUUGGUUACGUACAGCUGCUUCAGCAUAUUCAAAUGUGUCUGCUGAUCCUUCAUGGCCAAAAUUUGAUAUUCUCGAAAGUAACGAGUCUUACGAGAAACGAAGUUAUCAUCCAUUCACAUGUGCGGCAUAUGCAUUUACAGCUAAUGAUGGUGAAGAACCUGUUAUGUCUAAUUUAUGGAAGUUAGUAAAGUAUUCACAAGGUGGAAAUGUCGAUGGUAAAACUCUAAAAAUGUGUCUACCAAUUAUGGUUAAAGUUCGUCCAUCAUUAAUUAAUGGACGAGAAAAUCAAUUUACAUUAAUGCUAGUCCUUGACAAAGACAAUCAUAAAAAUUCACCACCAAUACCAACUGUUGAUGGCGUUUUUAUUUAUCAACAAUCCGAACAAAUUCUCUAUGCUAAACGUUUUGGUGGUUUUGCUAAGGAAGCUGAUUGGAAACGUGAAACUAAAAAUAUAUUAGAAAUAUGUAAAACAUUUCCAAUUAAUCGUGAAGAAGUUAUAUCAGCAACAUAUGAUAUGCCAACAAAACUUCUCAAUCGACAUAAUGAAGUUUUAGUUGCUGAAAUGAUUGAAAACACAUCAGAUGAAAAAACCGUUGGUAUUUCUUAG